UGGCUCUGCCUAUUACAUGUUGCUUGAGUGUGCUUAGCUUUCGUCUGUCAGAGUUGAACUCUCCGUGUAAUGAUAAAAAAAAAUUGACAUUACUAAUUCCUUCAUCUCUGGGAAAAACAGGUGGGAACUCCAAAGAUGUUUACUUAUCUCCCUCAGUGGAAGGCUGAUAAAAGUUUGGUAAGAGAAAGCGGUAGCUGAUGACCCCUUGCGUUGUCCGCUUCCAUCCUUCUGAACUCUUGGUUCCCACAGAAGAAGCCAUCCUGCCAAAGCCAGCCUCUAGGGAGCUUCCUUUUAUUUCCCUAAGAUUAACCAGUUCCGCCCUGGUUGCAACAGCAGGCAACUAUGGAAGGAGAGGCUCUUCUGGGCUCUUAGUAUUUUUCCGAGGACCGUUUUCCCCUCCUAAUUCCUCACUGGUAGUGAAGCUGCUUGCCUGCAACGCCUUCCUCUUUUCUGAUGAGAUGCUGAUUCUGAUCUGCCAUCUAGCAGCUUCCGGUAGUGGCCAACUGUGGAGGCCUGGUGAAAAAUAACCAGGUGCAAUAAUGUUCUGCAGUAAAAAGAAGUCACUUGAAGUGGAACGAAUAGUGAAAGCCAACGACCGUGAAUAUAACGAAAAGUUCCAGUAUGCAGAUAAUCGUAUCCACACAUCCAAGUACAACAUUCUCACCUUCUUGCCAAUUAAUUUAUUUGAACAGUUCCAAAGAGUGGCAAAUGCAUAUUUCCUUUUCCUUCUGAUUUUACAGCUGAUUCCAGAAAUUUCCUCCUUGACCUGGUUUACCACCAUUGUGCCUUUGGUCCUGGUGGUCACUAUGACAGCUGUCAAAGAUGCCACAGAUGAUUAUUUUCGCCACAAGAGUGAUAAUCAAGUGAAUAAUCGGCAAUCCGAAGUGCUCAUGGACAGCAAACUGCAGAAUGAAAAAUGGAUGAAUGUCAAAGUGGGAGACAUCAUUAAAUUAGAAAAUAACCAAUUUGUUGCUGCUGAUCUGCUGCUCCUAUCAAGUAGUGAGCCACAUGGCCUCUGUUACAUCGAAACCGCUGAGCUUGAUGGGGAAACAAACCUCAAAGUGCGCCACGCACUAUCAGUUACCUCGGAACUUGGAGCCGAUAUUAGCAGACUUGCAAAGUUUGAUGGGAUCAUUGUCUGUGAGGCACCUAACAACAAAUUAGAUAAAUUCACAGGAGUCCUCUCUUGGAAGGACAGCAAGCACUCCCUCAACAAUGAGAAGAUAAUCCUGAGAGGCUGUGUCCUGAGAAACACCAGCUGGUGCUUUGGAAUGGUUAUUUUUGCAGGUCCUGACACUAAACUAAUGCAGAACAGUGGUAAGACAAAGUUUAAGAGGACAAGCAUUGAUAGAUUGAUGAAUACUCUAGUACUAUGGAUUUUUGGGUUUCUGAUAUGCUUAGGAAUUAUUCUUGCGAUAGGAAAUUCAAUCUGGGAGAAUCAAGUUGGGAACCAAUUCAGAACUUUCCUCUUUGGGAAUGAAGGAGAGAAGAACUCCGUGUUCUCGGGAUUCUUAACAUUCUGGUCGUAUAUUAUUAUUCUCAAUACAGUUGUACCCAUUUCAUUAUAUGUGAGUGUGGAAGUAAUUCGUCUGGGACACAGUUAUUUUAUAAACUGGGAUCGGAAGAUGUAUUACUCUGAGAAGGCAACACCUGCUGAAGCUCGCACAACCACACUCAAUGAGGAACUGGGCCAGAUAGAAUAUAUUUUUUCUGACAAAACGGGCACCCUCACUCAAAACAUCAUGACUUUUAAAAAAUGUUCCAUCAAUGGGAGAAUUUACGGUGAAGUACACGAUGACAUGGGUCAGAAGACAGAUAUGACUAAGAAAAAGGCUGUGGAUUUCUCAGUCAACCCUCAAGCCAAUAGAAAGUUUGAAUUCUUUGACCACCAUCUGCUGGAAUCCAUUAAUCUGGGUGAUCCCAAAGUGCAUGAAUUCCUUAGGUUACUUGCUCUCUGCCACACUGUAAUGUCAGAGGAAAAUAGUGCAGGACAACUGAUUUACCAAGUUCAAUCACCUGAUGAAGGUGCUCUAGUGACUGCUGCAAAAAAUUUGGGGUUCAUUUUUAAGUCUCGGACUCCAGAGACAAUCACAAUAGAAGAAUUGGGAACACUAGUUACUUAUCAAUUGCUUGCCUUCUUGGAUUUCAACAAUUUCAGAAAAAGGAUGUCUGUCAUAGUUCGAAACCCAGAAGGACAGAUAAAGCUUUAUUCCAAAGGAGCAGACACUGUUCUGUUUGAAAAACUUCAUCCAUCCAACAAAGACCUUCUGACUUUGACGUCAGACCAUCUCAGUGAAUUUGCAGGAGAAGGCCUCCGAACCUUGGCCAUCGCGUACAGAGACCUGGAUGACAAGUACUUUAAAGACUGGCAUAAGAUGCUUGAAGAUGCAAAUUCUGCUACAGAUGAGAGGGACGAACGGAUAGCAGGGCUGUAUGAGGAAAUUGAAAGGGAUUUGAUGCUACUAGGUGCCACUGCUGUAGAAGAUAAGUUACAAGAGGGUGUUAUUGAAACGGUUACAAGUUUAUCACUAGCCAAUAUUAAGAUCUGGGUCCUAACAGGAGACAAACAAGAAACUGCCAUCAAUAUUGGCUAUGCCUGCAACAUGCUGACGGAUGACAUGAAUGAGGUGUUCAUUAUAGCAGGGAGCACGGCGGCGGAGGUCAGAGAAGAACUCAGGAAAGCAAAGGAAAAUUUGUUUGGACAAAACAGAAGUUUUUCCAAUGGCCAUGUAGUUUUUGAAAAAAAGCAGCCACUGGAGCUGGACUCAGUUGUAGAAGAAACCGUGACGGGAGAUUAUGCCUUAAUCAUAAAUGGCCACAGUUUGGCCCAUGCUCUAGAAAGUGACAACGAGAAGGAUCUUCUAGAACUUGCCUGCAUGUGUAAGACUGUGGUUUGCUGCCGAGUCACCCCACUCCAGAAAGCCCAAGUUGUAGAGCUGGUGAAGAAACACAGAAAUGCUGUCACUUUGGCCAUAGGUGAUGGAGCCAAUGAUGUCAGCAUGAUCAAAAGUGCUCACAUUGGCAUUGGCAUCAGCGGCCAGGAAGGGCUGCAGGCAGUCCUGGCCAGCGACUACUCAUUUGCCCAGUUCAGAUACCUCCAAAGGCUUCUCCUCGUUCAUGGAAGGUGGUCCUAUUUCCGAAUGUGCAAAUUCUUAUGCUAUUUCUUCUAUAAGAAUUUUGCAUUCACACUUGUGCACUUCUGGUUUGGUUUCUUCUGUGGUUUCUCAGCCCAGACUGUCUAUGACCAGUGGUUCAUCACCCUUUUUAACAUUGUCUACACAUCACUGCCUGUUUUAGCCAUGGGGGUUUUUGACCAGGAUGUUAGUGACCAGAACAGCAUGGAUUGUCCCCAGCUCUACAGACCUGGACAGCUGAAUCUACUUUUUAACAAGCAUAAAUUUUUCAUCUGUGUGGCACAUGGGAUCUACACCUCAUUAGCCCUUUUCUUUAUCCCCUAUGGGGCCUUUUACAACGUGGCUGGAGAAGACGGACAGCACAUCGCAGACUACCAGUCUUUUGCAGUUACCAUGGCCACAUCUUUGGUCAUUGUGGUCAGUGUGCAGAUAGCCUUGGAUACCAGUUACUGGACUGUCAUUAAUCAUGUCUUCAUCUGGGGCAGCAUAGCCACUUAUUUCUUCAUUUUAUUUACAAUGCACAGUAAUGGCAUCUUUGGCAUCUUCCCAAACCAGUUUCCAUUUGUUGGCAAUGCACGACAUUCCUUGACCCAGAAGUGCAUCUGGCUUGUUAUUCUCUUAACAACAGUGGCUUCAGUUAUGCCUGUGGUGGCAUACAGGUUUUUGAAGGUGGAUUUAUUCCCAACUGUGAGUGAUCAGAUCCGCCAGUGGCAGAAGGCUCAAAAGAAGGCCAGGCCCCGGCAUAGCCGAAAGCCUCAGACCCGGAGAUCAAGCUCAAGAAGAUCUGGAUAUGCUUUCGCUCACCAAGAGGGCUAUGGAGAGCUUAUCACAUCUGGAAAAAAUAUGCGAGCUAAAAAUCCACCCCCCACAUCAGGGUUGGAAAAGACACCGGCUAACAGCACUAGCUGGAUUGAAAAUUUGUGUAAGAAAACCACAGACACAGUGAUCAGCUUUAGCCAGGAUGAAACAGUGAAGCUGUGAGUCAAGAUGAAUCUGAACCACACAGUUAUCUUUUCACUUCAGCUGCAGCUGAAAUUUAGCUGCCUCCCCAGAGUGGGAUUAGGGGCGAAGGGUGGGGCAGGUGGCCUGACUUCACCUAAAUCUGGCAGACAGUGGCGAGUGCCCAUCCAGUAGAGGCGUACUCUGCUGAAAAUCAGGCCAGAGGUCACUGAUGCGUGAGUUGGUGGACAGAACCCUCACAAUACCAGCACAGGUUUUUAUCAACCUAAAUACCAGCUGGUCUGAUUUUUACAAUCUUUUUAUGGAGGAAAACUUGUAAAUCUGCAUCUCCAGAGAAUGGAUCUUCAGGUGGGUAAAAGCAUGCGUU